ACGCGGUCCUAGUCUGUCUUGUAAGAAAAAAAGUGUCAAUGUCAAAUUGCCAGUUACCUGUAUUAUUGGUGGAAAAAUGGCUUUGGCUUUAAUUAAAAAAGCCGUUUUAUCUAAUCCCAAUUCCUUGCGUAAAACUGUAGGGAUAUUUUAUAAUGUUUCAAGAAACCAUUGGAACUAUCAAUACAAACCUGGUCCAUAUCCUAGAACUGAAGAAGAGCGAGCAGCUGCUGCAAAGAAAUAUGGGUUACUUGUAGAAGAAUAUCAACCUUAUCCUGAAGAUAUGGGUUAUGGGGAUUAUCCAAAACUGCCUGAUAUUGGUACCGAUUCUAAAGAUCCGCAUUAUCCAUACGACAUACCAGACUUGAAACGAAAUUUCAACGAACCAUUUCAUGUCAAAGCAGAAAUCAUUGGUGAAGAUCGUUAUGAUAUAAGCAUGAGGCCAAGAAUUCCUGUGUGGGAACAACUGACUUGGUUUUUGGGAACUGUCGGAGGCUGUUUCUUAUUAUACUUCUUUUUGGAAGACUAUAAGAUUGGCAGACCAGUCACUGCUAAACAAUAUCCACGUGAUGGCCCCCACUACUUGUUCAGCGAAAAGUAGGAAAAUGAGGAAGAUUGUCAAUGUAGUGUUUUUAAAUAUUAAUUAAAAAAUAAAAUGUUAUCAAUAAAUUUGAAAUUAUUUCUAAAUAUAUUUAAGUAUGCUUUUUACCCUUUAAAUUGUAAAAUUAAUAUUUAUUGUAUCUAUCUAUUCUUUGUCGAUUAUUUUAUUGUAUCCAGGAACUUAGUAUUACAAAAGCAAUAAAACUAGAUAAAGUUA